ACAAAACGAUUAAUAAAUAAAUAUAUGCAAAUACCCUCUGCCAUUGGGGUAGAUGCUGGCGUGUUAACUUUGUACAGUGUGCAUAAGCAGUCGCUUCUUGUGCAAUCCAGUAGCCGAGGAAGGAGGGAAUUCUAAAAUCGUGUCCGGGAUUGACCCCACUCUUCGGAAAGUUUGACUCCGGAGUGUGUAAUUUUUUGCACAUGUCAUGGCUUGAAAAUGUUUGUAUUUUUAAAGGGAGCGCGAUCGGCCAGUUGAGCGCAUUUAGUGGCAGUGUUGGUGCCGAGUGCGGAAGUCGGGAGAGGGCGGCCCGGAGCAGCGUGAGUGAGCGCCGAAGGAAUCCCGGGGCCGGCGCGGCGCGGCGCUUCCCCAGACCAAGGUGCGCCCAGGACGCACACAAAGCUUUCUGUCAUUACCAGCGUCAAUCACUGCAUGAUUGCGACUGCUCGGGGCCUCAUAAUCCCAAAUAGUGUUGUUCUUUUGGUGUAUUUCCGUUCCAGUUGGACAAGAAGGGAGAAACCAUUCUGCUGACGAGGACUUUCGUGGAACUACUAUCUAACUUUUCCGUGGGCAAAAAGCAAUGGAAGUGCAUGCACCCGGGACCGGCACUACACCUUUGCCUGCUGGUGUGCUUUCUGUCUGGACAUAACCACGGAUCUGUGUUGCUCUCUGAAACUUGUUUUGCUCUCUGGUAACGUUCAGAGUCCUGAUAUACAACUGUAUUUUUUUUCUCCACCCAUAAAUGGCAAAGGAUUACUGUUACUCUUACAUCCACGUGCCUUCCAGAACUUCAGCAAAAAAUCCAAACCAAAAGCGCCUGCACCUCCAACGUUUUCCAAGCAUGUUGAGAGCUCUUCAGUAGCUAAAAGCCAAGAGUGUGGAAGUUUAACCAUGGAACAGAAAGGCAAUGUUGUGAAUUCACAUGUGGAUUUGACUGUCAUUCUGCCAGGCGGGGAAGAGCGAUCCACCAGUGUAGCUGGAAGCAAACCUAUGAGGGAUUUGUUGAUUUUCCUUUGUGGCAAAUAUCACUUAAAUCCAUCAAGUCACACCAUUGAAUUGGUGGGAAAAGAGAAGAAUCAAAUCCUAUUCAAACCCAACGCGCUGAUAGGCACAUUGGAUGUUGAGAAAGUUAUUCUGAAGGAGAAAAGUGUGGAAGAAAAGAAGAAACUCACAUCAGUGGUACCUGAGCAAACAGUGCGAGUGGUAAUAAACUACAGGAAAACACAGAAAACCAUCGUACGAGUUAGUCCGUUUGUUCCCCUUCAAGAACUGAUUCCAGUAAUCAGCACUAAGUGUGAAUUUGAUCCAAGCAGCACUAUUUUAGUGAAAGACUUUGAAAGUUUGGAAGCGUAUGAUUUGACAAGAACUCUCAAUGAACUUGGUCUGCGAGAAGUGUGCGCGGUGGAUACCAGUGUAGAACAUCCCCAGCCUCAUUUUCAAGGUGGAUCCUUUCAGCAAGAACAGCCGCUGGUUUCAGGAAAUUCAAAUCAGGAGAAGGAAAACAAAGGCUUCUUCAACAUUUUUAGGCUGAGUAAGAAGAAACGGGAAAAACCAACAAGUGCUCCAGCAACCCCAUUAAUAAGUCCGCAGAGACCACUUGGCAUGAGCAGUUCGAGUGCCUAUUGCCCUACGUAUGAAUCUAAUACAUUACCGUCAGACCUGCCAAAGAAGAGACGAGCCCCUGCACCACCCCAGAAUGCUCCACAAACUUUUCCAAGAGAAUCAAGUCAGAAAGCAUCCGCCAGACCUGUGUCUUGUGUUUUCUCAGAUGUUCCCAUGAAUGCACAGGAUGUGACAGGUCAAUGCAGACAAAGGGCAGGGUCACUGCCACACAGUGAAGUUACCACAUCAAGUAACCCAGCUAUAAAAAAGAAACGAAAAGCCCCACUGCCUCCAAGCAAAGCUCCUGAAGACCAGAAGAUCCCAGAUACUGAUCCGGGAUCUAGUCCUACAUCUGAUCCUGCAGAUAAGACUUUUGCUGCUAAAUUAUCACCUACAUUAUCUGAAGAUCAAGCCGUUGUUGGACCUGAAUGUAACCUUGAAGAGAUUGUUGAAAUGGAGGAGACAAGGGCUCCAGACACUGAAGGAGUUGCUCAGAAGGAAAAGGCACUGAGUUCACAGGUCACCUUGGAUCAUUCAACAGAAAAUGCACAGGCACCUGUAUCUGACAACUCGGAUGUUGCGACAUCUCCGACAACAGAUAAGCUCACUGAGGUGAAAUCGGAGAACAGGGUAAGUGCAGCCAGAAACACCGCCAAUCAAACAGCAAUGGAAAAGAAUAACAAUUCACCGAUGGAAAAUGUAGAUAAGAAUAUUUCAGCAAUAAACAGUCAUGCUGAAGAAAAUUUAAUCCACGAAAUGCAUCAGAAAGCUUCUGAUGAAACACCAGCCACUUGCUGCUUGACUCUGUCAGAAAUGGGAACAUUGACUGAGGUAGACAUAACUAGAGAUGUGACAACGGAUCUUCCUGCACGGCAUUCUAACAGCGUGCGGUUGACCAAUGUGACUGCCAGUGAUCAGCAAAGGAAGUCUGAUGCAACAGAGGUAAAUGAGGUGAAAUCUGAAGAGAUUAUUUCUGAUGAAGUUGACAAAAUACUGGAUUUUCGAGAGACUCACAGUGCCAAAACAGUGUAUGGCGCUACUACUUCAUCACAUGAUAAAACUUUGAAAAAUAUUUCUGAAAGUGUGGGUAAGCCUGAAGAUAAUAAAUUCAGUUUGCCUUUGUCAUCUCAGCAACCAAAUUCUGAGUCUGUUUCAACUAACUCUACAGACCUAACUGUACAGAACCUCGCCAAUAAGGAAGACUUGUCUGUUAGUAACCAACCGAUUACAGAACCUUUAUCAUUCUCUGAAUCCUGUGAUGCACAGCCAACCAAAAAUACUACCGUAAGGCUAGACAGUCCAACAAAAAUACCAAUAGUAUACAGGUCAGAAUCUGAACCAAAACCUAAGCCAUCUAAUGAAAUUACAAGAGAAUAUAUACCAAAGAUUGGAAUGACCACCUAUAAAAUCAUCCCUCCAAAGUCAUUGGAAAAGAAUUCAUCAGCAAUCUUACCAGAAGAUGAAACAGUGGAUCGACAAAUUGCUACUCGUGAUUAUGUCCCAGAGUCUGACACUUCAAAACAGUCACUAAACAAAUCUGAUGUAACAGAACGAUCUCUAUUGAGUGCUGCAAGGGGCAUGACAGGUAUGCAUCGAGAAACUCGUGGGAAGAUGCAAAAAUCAAUGUCCAUUGAUUCUGCAACCCAUUCCCCAAACGCUGAAAGGGCAAUUUCUAAACCAGCUGUCGACAGUGAAUCUGAACCGCACAAGGAAGUGGUUACCAGGAGAACACAAAGUGUUUCAGAGAAAAAAAUGAAGCCUGGAUCUGCUUUCCUACAGUUACAUAAAAGGAACUCGGGUCAGUAUGUUACCUCUGCACUUGCGAGAAGUUCCAGUUUCCCUUCCCAGGCCAGCUUGGACGUGGCAAAAGAAGAAAAUGGAGCUUCAUUUCAGGAUCUUAGUCCAACUGAUGGAGAGCUCAUAAUUCCUCCACCACCAGAAUUUGCUGGUACAUCUGAUGAAAAAGUCCAAAACAACACGUCCAAACCUGGUGGGACUUCUGCAUCCCGACCUUCUCAGCCUCCAAAAGUACCAAAAAAGCCAUCUUUCCGCGUAAACCUGAAUGACACAAAAGGCGUUCGAACUACUGUUACUUCCAAAACCUACAGUCCUACCUCGCCAUCGCCCUUUGCCCUUGCAGUGUCUUCAGCGGUCAAAAAAACGCAAACAAAUACACCAUGUCCAUUUAAGCCUAAGCCUGUUGAAACCAGUUCGUCAAACCAAUCUUCUCUCAUGGACUGUGGAAACAAAGAGUCAUGUUCAAUUCCCAAAGAGUCCAACGACAACAGCAUAUCAAAACAGAUGUACAUUCUUGAUGGGGAAAUGAAAAAGGAUUGUAGCAAUGCAGUGGCAGAAACCCAACCGCAACACGUCCAACCACAACACGUCCAACCACAGAUGCCAUCGCCUUUAAGAAAUACCAAGCCGCCUUUGACUUCCCAAAUCACUGACCCAGGACAAGUUCAUCAAGCGGUACUGGAUGCAAUUCGCUCGGGAGAAGGAGCUGCUAGACUUAGAAAAGCACAAUCAUUUACCACAAUAUAAAAAUGUGCACUAGUAAUUUUCUAAAUUUGAGUUGAUCAGUUUAUUUUGAUAUUUAUCCAAGUUCAAUUGAGAGAUUUGAGUUGUAAUUAUUGUAAAAGCACUUGCUGUGCACAAGUUACCAGUAUCUUUUUCUUGCACUACAUAUGGCAUUUCACUGGAUUAGGUAAGGUUGUGUCUUGGAACUGACUGGAUGUAAUACUUAGUGUAAUUGUGAACCUGAAGAUACAAAUACUGUAUGCACUCAAUAAAACGGCCUCAAUUUCACACCUUUCUGGAUGAAAAAUUACGUUUUUGAUGUACGUAAGCAGAUGAAAUAAUUGAGAAAGCAUUAUUGUAACAAGGAUGAGAAUGUUUUAAAAAUCAGUUAAAAAUAUAACUGCCAUAUUUUUCUAAGUCUGAGUUGUCUGAAAACUUCCAAGCGUAUAUAGUUUAGUAAUAGGAUUUUCAACUGUUGCUCAGGAGUGUACUGUAAACAACUCAUUCAAUAUUUUGAGCUCCCUAUUCAAUAUUCAGCAGUGUUGCUUUUGCACAAUGUAUUUUCAGACCUGUUUGUUCCUGAAACUAUGUCUGCAAAUGGGAAGUCUGCAGUGAAUUUUCCAUUGAUGGGCUUUACGUAAACUCAAUGUCAAAUCAGUGUCUAAUAAGCACAGAACGCAUAUGAUAUGUCUGGUGAAAAUUCAGUCUAGGUAGAAACGUGCUUCUCGGUUACAAAGCUAUUUUGUUGAUUCUUUGUGUUAUACCAAGGAUUAAAUGACUUUUUCAUCUUUGUUCAUCUUUAAUGCUUAAAACAACUUUUGAUUCAAAAAGUUGAUUAAUUGUUUAAAGGAAUUUUGGUUUAGAAAAUGCAUAUUGUUUAGCUUAAAAUGAAAGCACAAUGAAAUAUUUUAAGACUAUGCCUCUUAUCACUCGAUGAAGCAACUUGUAUAUGUACUCAAAUGUUUUAUUCAAUCUUGGUAAAGCAAUUUUUUGGGGAGAGGAAUUCUAAUGUAUGAUAUAGUUUGACUUUUCUGAAUGCAAGAAUGUGGAAUAUUUAAGUUAAAGUUAAAAACACUGUCGAUAUCACAACAUUUGGUUGGAUAUGUCCACUUUCAGAUCUGCAUUUUUUAUAUAUACUGUAUGUGAGUUCUGAUUUAACUGUGUAUUUAAAAAUUAACAACUUCAUAAAGUCCCCUGAUAUUUUCAAUACUUCCAUUUCUGUACACUAAGAAAAUAUAAUACAUAGUUGAAGCUUUAAAUCGUUGAGUUCCAUUUUUAACAAUACAUUUUAUAUUCUUAUAAUUAAAGUUGAAGAAUCCAAUUCUAUUUCAUUAGUAACUUAACUUUUAAGAUUUCCGGAGAUCUGUAAAAUUAUAAAUAAAUGCGAACU